ACAUUGACAGACAAGAUGCCGAAUACAUACUGUGGCUCGCUUGGUUUAUACGUCGAGUUUGUGUAUUUCUUUCUGUAAAUUGUUGAACUUUUGAGUAUGGAAGUGAUGCUAUAAAAAUAUGAAAACGUAGCUAGAUUAAGAUUAUUACUUUAUAGACCAAUUUGGUAUUUUUAUAGGUAAUACAUAUUAAAACAUUAAACGCUUCCAAGAUGAUGGCUGGAAAAGUGAUGCCCGAAACGGAAGAACAAAAUAGAAUAAGAUUUCAAGUUGAGUUGGAAUUUGUUCAGUGUCUGGCUAAUCCUAACUAUAUACAUUUUUUGGCUCAGCGAGGAUACCUGAAAGAGGCCACAUUCAUAAACUACAUUCGUUACCUACAGUACUGGAGAGAACCAGAGUACGCUCGCUACCUGAAGUACCCAAUGUGCCUUCACUUUUUGGAGCUUCUGCAGCACGAGGCAUUUAGAAGAGAAUGUGUGUCAGCACAGGUUUGCAAGUUCAUGGAUGACCAAGCUAUUUUACUGUGGCAACACUACACGCGGAGACGCACGCGCACACUGCAGCCGCCCGACGCCCCCGCGCCGCCCGCACCCCCCGCGCCUCCUCAGCAGGGCCCGCCGCGCCAGCAGUCAUAGACCACAAGUCAGUUAUGAUUACUAUGUGAAGACAACACUUUGGACUUUGAACUAAGGACAAUGCUGAUCAUGGAUAUUCACCUUAGAACAUGACAUAGGUUUUAUUCCUAUGUUAUUUACAACAACUGGGGUGUUGUCUUAAUGUAACGGGGAAAACUUUGUCAAGCCUAGUGUGCUGGUCACACUUUUGCAAGCAAAGGCAAAUUGUCCCCUGUGAGGUGAUUAGACUGGUUGUAAAUAUUUGUGGGUGAAAUGAGUUUGAAUAUCUCAACAGACUGAGUUAUUGUAACUUGUAGCUGUAAGUUUAAUAUUAAAAACCUUUGUUUAAA